AUGACAAGUGUUGUAGUCGGAGGAUUAUUCAACGCGGUUGCAUUUGCAGGAGCUGGAUUCCUGUUCAGCAAAUUAAACCACAGUGGAUACAAAGAUGAAAUGAAAAGACAUAACAAAGCGUUGGAAAAAUUAGCUAAAGCUAAGGAAAAAUGGUAUGAAAGUCAAGUGGAAAAAAAGAACAGAAUUGCAAUACUCAGGCAGGAACUAGCUGAUGCCAAAUCGGAUAUGGAAGUGACAAACCGCGCUCUUGACUCCCUGCGAAAAGCGCAGGAGGAAUUAAUUCUGGACAAAGAGCCAACAAUUCAUGACUAUUAUAAACCAUCAAGCGAAAUGGAAGAAUACCAACAGAUCACGAUCGGAAUACUAGGUCUGGGGUCUGGAUUCAUAAUUACAAAAAUAUUAUAG